CCGAGGAGGCGAUGGCGAGCUAUCUGUACACCGCCUACCCCCCCUACUCUUACCGCUACCCACCGCCCAAGGGUAAAGGAGGAGCGGCGGGCGGCUGGCGGCCGCGGGGCAGCAGCUACUUCCCGGGCUACGGGGAGGCCGCCGCCGAGUACUUCGACAACUACCAGAGGGCACAGCUCAAGGCCAUCCUCUCCCAGGUCAACCCCAACCUGACGCCGCGGCUCCGCAAGGCCAACACCAAGGAGGUGGGCGUCCAGGUGAACCCGCGGCAGGACGCCUCGGUGCAGUGCUCGCUCGCAGCCGAGGCACAGCCUGCCGCCGAGCCGGCAGCCCAGCCGGCAGAGCCGCCGGCCUCAGCCCAGAAGCGGCAGUCGGCGGCGGGCAAGACCCGCCUGCGUUUCCAGUUCCUGGAGCAGAAGUAUGGGUACUACCACUGCAAGGCCUGCAACAUCCGCUGGGAGAGCGCCUAUGUUUGGUGCGUCCAGGGCACCAACAAGGUCUAUUUCCGUCAGUUCUGCCGCACCUGCCAGAAGUCCUACAACCCGUACCGCGUGGAGGACAUCACCUGCCAGAGCUGCAAGCAGACGCGAUGCACCUGCCCCGUGAAGAUGCGCCACGUGGAUCCCAAGAGGCCCCACCGCCAGGACCUCUGUGGGAGAUGCAGAGGGAAACGCCUCUCCUGCGAUAGCACAUUCAGUUUCAAAUACAUCAUCUGAAUGGGAAGGGUUUUUUGUGGUUUUUUUUUUGUUUUUGAUUAGGGCUCUUCAAGAAAAGAAGAGUUCUACUUGCUCUGCAAGUAGAGCAGAUUUAUUUUGGUUUUGUUGUUGUUGAAGGUACUUGGUGAGAUGUAGUUUAGGAAAGCAUGAAAAUAAAAGCAUUGCAGAAGCACGCUCAAAUGAUCAUGUGGGUUUGUGCCCAGCUCAGAGGGUGCAUAUUGUAAAUUCUGUAACUUGCAUAGGUGGCAGGCCUAGAGGUGUAUUGUAAAUCAGUGAUGGUCUUGGAAGCAACUGACUUGGGGCUUUGUGGACUUUCCUCAGGUGGAAAGGGUUUCUGUUACUGAUCCUGCUCUUGAACUAAUCAUAUGCUUGAAGUUAACAUCAAAUUGAUAUCUGCAGUAGGUAAGAGUAGGCUAUCCUUCAUGAACAAAACAUCAGUAGUACACACUCAUUUUGCACACCUCUAGUUGAUGUACAAAGUAUCCUACACCUGUUUUUCAUCACUAGAAAAUGAUUGAGAAAUGCUGUGUAAGUGUUGAAUCACUUCUGCUCGUACAGCCAGUCUGCAUUUGGCUAAGUUGUUGUUCUUGUCUGUGUAGGCAAAAGCCAAAGCAAGCUUUUCAGGGAUGGUCCUGACAAAAUGCUGAGGAAUGGAGUCACU